UCCGCGGCAGCGCCUGGAGAGUUUUCCACGCGUCUGGCUCCUCCUCCCGCCCCUCCCUGACUGCUGCGGAGCCCGCGGGUCCGGAGUUCUCCCAGUGCCCUGAGUGCCCCCAAAGCCGGAGCCGGACCGAACUCCAGGCCGACCCAGGGCGCCGCGCUUGGGACGCCUGCGGAGAGAGCCGCUACUGCCCGCGUCCCCUUUCGCCCCACGCGGCCCCCCAGCUCCGUGACCCGAGGCCAGAUCCAACCAUGAGCUACCCAGGCUACCCACCGCCCGCAGGCGGCUACCCCCCAGCUGCACCAGGUGGUGGUGCCUGGGGAGGUGCUGGCUACCCGCCUCCCAACAUGCCCCCCAUUGGGCUGGAUAACGUGGCCAACUACGCAGGGCAGUUCAACCGGGACUACCUCUCAGGAAUGGCGGCCAACGUGUCCGGGACUUUCGGAGGAGCCAACGUGCCAAACCUGUACCCUGGGGCUCCUGGGGGUGGUUACCCUCCAGUCCCCUCUGGGGGUUUUGGGCAGCCCCCUUCUACCCAGCAGCCUGUUCCUCCGUAUGGAAUGUACCCACCCCCUGGAGGAAAUCCACCCUCUGGGAUGCCUUCAUAUCCACCAUACCCAGGGGCCCCUGUGCCAGGCCAGGCCGUGCCGCCUCCUGGACAGCAGCCUCCAGGGGCCUACCCUGGGCAGCCGCCAAUGACCUACCCUGGGCAGCCGCCAAUGCCACCUCCCGGGCAGCAGCAGCAGCCAGUGCCAAGUUAUCCGGGAUACCAAGGAGCUGGGACUGUCACCCCUGCUGUGCCCCCAGCCCAGUUUGGAGGGCGAGGCACCAUCACAGAUGCUCCUGGCUUUGACCCCUUGCGAGACGCCGAGGUCCUGCGAAAGGCUAUGAAAGGCUUUGGGACUGAUGAGCAGGCCAUCAUCAACUGCCUGGGGAGUCGUUCCAACAAGCAGAGGCAGCAGAUCCUCCUGUCCUUUAAGACAGCUUACGGAAAGGAUUUGAUCAAAGAUCUGAAAUCUGAGCUGUCAGGAAACUUUGAGAAGACAAUCUUAGCUAUGAUGAAGACUCCAGUCCUCUUCGAUGUUUAUGAGAUAAAGGAAGCUAUCAAGGGAGCUGGCACCGAUGAAGCCUGCCUGAUUGAGAUCCUUGCCUCUCGCAGCAAUGAGCACAUUCGAGAAUUGAGCAGAGCCUACAAAACAGAAUUCAAAAAGACCCUGGAGGAGGCCAUUCGAAGCGACACAUCAGGGCACUUCCAGCGGCUCCUCAUCUCUCUUUCUCAGGGAAACCGGGAUGAAAGCACAAAUGUGGAUAUGUCGCUUGUCCAGAGAGAUGUCCAGGAGCUAUAUGCAGCUGGGGAGAACCGCCUGGGAACAGAUGAGUCCAAGUUCAAUGCGGUCCUGUGCUCCCGGAGCCGAGCCCACCUGGUGGCAGUUUUCAAUGAGUAUCAGCGAAUGACAGGUCGAGACAUUGAGAAGAGCAUCUGCCGGGAGAUGUCCGGGGACCUGGAGCAGGGCAUGCUGGCCGUGGUGAAAUGUCUCAAGAAUACCCCCGCCUUCUUUGCUGAAAGGCUCAACAAAGCCAUGAGGGGAGCGGGAACAAAGGACCGGACCUUGAUUCGCAUCAUGGUGUCUCGCAGUGAGAUUGACCUCCUGGACAUCAGAAUGGAGUAUAAGAGGCUGUAUGGCAAGUCGCUGUACCAUGACAUCACGGGAGACACUUCAGGGGAUUACCGGAAGAUUCUGCUGAAGAUCUGUGGUGGCAACGACUGAGUGGUGACUGGAGGCUCACUUCUGUCCACCUGCCAGCAACAGUGAUGCCAGGAAAAGGCCAAAAGAAUGCCCGUUUCUAUCAAACCCACAAAAUAGCCCCCCAGGUAUCCCGAUGCCGACAGUCCGUGGAGCCUUGGCCCUGUCCUCCACCCGCCCCUCCUGAUCGUGUGUCCUGCUUGUGCCGAAGGGCCUGGAACUCUCUCAGGUUGUCUUUUCCUCCCGACCCCACCCCUCACAGCCACUUGCUGCUAAAGUAGAUGUUUCGUUUCCUGCCUCAUGCAAUCAUUCCUCUUUGCUCGUAGCUGAGAUACUCGCCUUCAUUUUAGUCAUGUAAUUUUACGUUUAUUUGGAGGCAUUCUGUUUUUAGUCAUUGCCCAACAGAUGCAUAUGAGUCUCUUUGCUACCAUACACAUUUGGAGUGAGAGGUUGGGUGGGGGAGCCCCAUGUCCUCACUGAGGAGUAAAAGGGAAGAACUUUAAGGGUAAUUUUUGCAUCUGGUGAGAAUGUGUCAUGAACCUUGUUAUUGCCAAACUCACUGCUUUUUAGAAAAGAAAAAAAGAGCCUGAAAGUCAUCUGUUCCUUCCACCACGUAAAACCACGAGAACAAAGCCAGCUCCCUGCCAGGGACAGGGCUUCUUGUAAUUGAGAAUGUGCCUUAAACCUGAAUGUUACUAGCCAAAAGUUGUUUCUAAAUUAAAGUCAGCCAGCUCUGGAACAUUCUGGAAAUGUC